AUCGCUCGCUUUAUUUCUGCAGUUCUGCUGAGGCGAGCGGUGCUGUCCGGCGUUCACUCGCAGAAACCGCGCGAUGGUGCGAACUAAAGCUGACAGCGUUCCCGGCGCGUACAGGAAAGCUGUUGCCGCCUCUGCGCCCCGGAAGUCCCUCGGCGCUUCCGGUUCCGUGAACGCGCACAGCAGCGGCGCGCAGUCGGGCACGCCAGCUAAGGGUAAAUACGCGGGCGGGAACCCCGUGUGUCUGCGGCCCACACCCACGUGGCAGAAGGGCAUCGGAGACUUCUUCGGCGGCCCCAGCCGGAAACCAGAGGAGAACCUUCAUCCCGCGUCUGAUGAUGAUGAUGAUGAGGAGGAGGCUGGCGGCAGCGGCGUGGCUAAAGCGCCCAGGAAGUCCAGACCCAUCAUCGACGAGGAGGAGGAGGAUUAAUCUCUUUAUUCAGUUCACAUGUUUCAUUCAUGCUUGACUAUUUAGUGUAAAUCUUUGUAAAUACUUUUAAUAGGAUGUCUGGUUGGUUUUGUACAGUGUUUAAUAAAGUGAUUGUUCAGA